GAGUACCCAGUUGACUCUGACCGCGGCGGAUCAGAUGCCGAUUAUGGAUCAGAUGCCGAUUAUGACAACUACCCAACCUUCUUGACAAAUCUUCGCGAUGCUCUUGAUAGCGCAGAUAACGACUACGGCUUAAGUAUUACCUUACCAAGUAGCUACUGGUAUCUCCAGAAUUUCGACAUCGUGGAGAUGGCAAAUAGUGUCGACUGGAUUGGAUCUAUCGUUAACGCACACACCAAUCUUACUGAAAUUACAUCAGCCAUAGAUCUUUUGUGGCGGAAUGACAUUCCUCCCUCGCAAAUUACGAUGGGUCUGGGACUCUAUGGCCGAAGCUUCACGCUCAAUGAUACGUCAUGUGUCACUGCAGGAUAUCCUUUCUCGGCAGUUGGGAAUGCGGGUGAGUGUACAGACAGUGCUGGUACGCUUUCAUUCUCAGAAAUUGAAGCAAUCUUGAAGGAUGAGACGCGCGGUGCCACUCAGACAUAUGAUGAGACAGCGGCAGUUCAAAUCGUGACCCUUUGUGGGAGUCAAUGGGUGAGCUACGAUAACUGGGUUUCGCUUCAGGCUAAGUUGGACUUCGCGAAUUCCCUCUGUCUUGGAGGAACAAUGGUCUUGGUUGUCAGCUUAGACGUUGACGGAACAGCAACCAAUGGCCUUACCGGAGCUACUGUCGUGUUUCCCGGCGACGACGGUUCCAAUGGAGGAAGUGAAGAUAUCUAUAUCGGACCUGACCUGUGGACAAACACAAGCCAAGACAUCUCUUGCGAGCCGCCCUGCACUCUAAUUCUUCCUCCAUACCCACUUUCGACCUCCGUGACAAUCAGCUGGCCAGAAUACACGACUACUAUUGCAUCAAGCUCUGAUGAGUCCACAUUGACCAAGACCACUACAAUCACCGUCUCGCCCUUCACUAUCGACGAGAUUCCGUUCUGGCCUGUCACUGUGGCGGAAUCUGGCAAUUAUUAUUGUCCCACCAAUUUUGCUCUCACUUUGCCUGGAACCGAAGCUACUUUCCCCCUUUUCCAUACUGAUUACAGUGCUUUUGUUUCCACCGCGACAUCAACAUCGACAUCGACGGCAAAUGGUACUGUUGCAUCCGUCACAACAUCUGCCGCUGUCCAGAGUGGAAUUACUUCCGAUUGCACACAGUUUUAUCAAGCAGUUUCCGGCGAUGGAUGCUAUGCCAUUGCAACUGCGUACGACAUUACACUUGCUCUAUCUACCUUAAGCGAUGCAGCGCCGAGAAACCCCAAAAUCGAUACUGAUCAUUGCGUUUUAGGAAUGGAACCCAGCGGUGGGUUCGGACUGCUCGGGACUUUGGGUUGA